CGAAACCUUUCUAUGGUAGAAAGAAAUUCGUUUGCUGCCAAAGAGUGGGCGAAACUCACUGCUGAAGAAAAAAUUUUAUAUAAGAGUUCGCAGAAUAUAGCGGGCGAGUUGAAUCCCGAAGAUAUUGAAAGGACCGUCAAAAAGAUAAGAGAUCAAAUAAUUAAGCUGGUAAACAUUCUUGAUGGAUAUGGCUGUUGCACUGCGGUACUACAAAAAGAUCCUGAUGGACAGUUGUUUGGUUUUGGAUCCCCUGCAGGUCAAGACUUUUUGUCAAGGAAUCCCGAGUUGAUGUUUAAAUUCAAAAGCCAUUUUGGUGGUGCAGACAACAAAGAUGUUACAUAUAAAGACAUAACAGCACUAUUCAACCAAAAAUACAGUCAAAUGGUUGGAAAACCUUCAAGAGUGCCAUACCUCAAGGGUGGUUUUGAGGUUGAGGGACUUCCUGAAGAUUUGCCUUUUCGGAAGCCUUUCAUGUAUGGCGGGAUGCAAAUGAGGAGAAUUCUUGAGGCUAAAGAAAGCAUCAUCUUCAAACCAGCCCCAUUGCAAGGACAUAGUGAUGAUGCUGUUGAGACUCCAAUUGAACAAGAGCCCAUCCCAACAGAAGCAACUCAACAAAUACUGGCAUCCCUGUUAGCCCAUAUUGCUGGAGACAGAGUGUCAAGGCGUGCACUUAGUGGUGGUGGUGUCAUAAAAGAAGAAGAAACCGAGGUUGUAGAUCUCACAUUCAGUAAUCGUGAAAUGUGGAUCCUACAGUCAUACGGCAUCACAUAUUUUGAUACAGAUGCAUGGAAGGGGCUUUGGCACAAUGUUCAACAUGACACAGAGCAUGAUGGUGGUGUCAUCCUUCCUGUGCUGAGUGGAGGAGAGGAUGAGAAGUUUUGGCUUUUUUUGUGCUCGCUGAAAUUGGGCACUAUUCUAAAAGCAUCAAGUGGCAAAGCACUAAAAGGACACUGGCUAGACAGGAUUCCAUCAUCAUCUAAUGAAUAUCGACUACUCACUGACAUGACCAACAGUGUCACCAAGCUUAAUGCCAUCAAGCUCGAGAAUGGCACACCUCUCUACCACUUGUAUUAUGCAAUGCCAUCCCAAAAUGGCACAUACAAAUUGGAUGCAUUGUUCGAAACUGCCAUAGAGCAAGCCAUAAGAAGAUUAACUCGAGUCAACCCUGAAGAUUUUUAAUUUAUUUAUUUUGAGAUUAUAAUUGCAGUACUAGUUAUGUAUCAAUUCUUAUGCAACAAAUCAAGCUUGAGAACUAAAUGUUUGUGUUAAAGGCAAAUUUACACAAUUUCAAUUUUAGUUCCUUCAACAUGUACUCUUCUGAGAUUAUAAAAUUUUAAAAAAAUGUCAAGAUCAACAUGUUUUAUAUUGGUAAGCAUUCUUUCCUUGUAUCUCAGUUUUAUUGCUAAUCUGGUACCCCUGGGCAACAGAGCUAGGAGAGGGUAUCUUUGCAUGGUUACCUGGGAGUGAGUGAGUACCACUUUCAUAAUAAGCAAACAUGGUUGUAAAACAUUCUAGAACCAGUUUCUCACAAUUUGCAAAACAAUUUUCAAUGGGUUAUUAUUGCUUAUUUUGAAAACUAGCUACUGUUACAGUAGCUAACUUAUUUCUAACUUUUUAAACAAAAUUUGGUUAUUUGUAGAAAAAUUGAUUCAUUGAUA